GGCGAUUCCAGGCUUGUUUCGCGACCCUAACAGCGCUGCUUUCGCAGUUGCAUUUCUUGUUUUUCUCGAGCCUAGCAGGUAACCAUGUGCUAUUACUGUACAUAAAGAAUGUAUUCGGAGUUGCGGCUCUUCACUUUCGUUGCAUGAAAGCGCCUUUUACACACCUGUGCAACGGGGGAACACAUUAAUGAGCAUUAUCGUGCACUACAUAUUUGGUUCAUUUCGCGUUGCAUUGUCGUGGCAUCAUUCGGGAACGCAAUAAACAACGCAACCAACAACAGCGCGCUCCCCAACUGCAAAAGCCUCCCCACUUUCCUCCCCCCACUGGAGAAGAGUGGUCGAGCCCGCGACGUCACGUCCUGUUCGUCUGCCUGAAUGAAAAAAAGAGGCGCACGCAAAAUAUGCUGGAAUGGGACGAAUUUGUACGCUGUUGCCGAGAGAUUGAAGCCGUCUCAACCACGCUAGACGACGGCUGGCGUUGCGUGGUCGACAAGGAAGAUGAACCGGGAUACACGUACCUGGAAAAGAGGUGCACUAUGCUCCACAAGACUCCCGGGCAGCACGCUUCCUGGUCAGGAGACCUGCAGGGCGCGGAAGAAGACGAAAUCGAAGAGGCGGCGCCAGACCCGUGCUGCGCCGAAGCACAGGACCACGGGGAGGAGGUUCUGCAGUGCGUGUACAACGUGGUCUACAGCGCCAGCUACGGGGUGCCCGUCAUGUACUUCAACGUUUGGAGGCGCGACGGCAGCCUGCUUCCCCUGAGCGACGUGUGGUCCCUGAUGCCGGAAUGUCUGCAGGAGCAACUGAAGCAUCUGCGAUGGUCCACUGUCACGCAGCAGGAGCACCCGAUCCAGGGCGUCCCCUACUUCCAGUUGCAUCCGUGCAAGACGGCCCAGCUCAUGGAACAGACGCGGCCAAGGGACCAGGACGGGAAGCACAGCAAUUACGUUGUGACGUGGCUCAGUUCGGUGGCUCCCGUGGUUGGCCUGGAGUUUCCUGUCCAGUACUCGGCCAUCGCGGCACCUCCGUCCUCCUGACGUUUCGCAGAGAUAUGUAAUGGGCGUCCAGAAAACGACUUUUUGCUAUGUGCUUUGCCAAUUGCAGACUUUCUUGAGUGUAAUAUAUGAGUUGCACGUACUUGAAACACAUUGCACGUGUGCUGCAUCACUGCGUGCCUUGCUACGUCAGGAGCGAAUGCGCCCGGCAAUGAUGAUGAUAUUUUUUGUACUUAAGUUGUUUUCUUUGUACUUAAGUUUCUUUCUUCUCAGCAAUAAAAGCAAGCUGUG